CGUGGCGAUUUUUUUCUGCAACGUGGAGCUCGUGAACGCACCCCCAGCCUGCUCUCACAGCGGUUCAUUUGAUUGGCUAAACGGUCCAAAGCGUCGUCGGGCAAAAUGGGAGACGACUUGGGUGACGAAUGGUGGCAGCAUGACUGUAAAUCAGAUGGUUCUGAGGUGGAGACCGAAGAGACAAAACGGAUAAGAGAAAAGCCGAACAUACAAAAGAAAGCAGAGAAGAGGAAGAAGCUAACGGAAAAAACAGUGACUGCAAAGAAGAAGAAAAAGAAUGAAGAGGUGUCACAAAUUCCGAAGCAGCAGAGCGUGAAGGAAACCUCAACAAAAUCCCCCAAAAAGAGAAAGAGGAAGAAAAAGACCAUUACAGAUGUGUUGGCCGCUUCUGACCCAAAACCAGGCUGUCCCGCAGACCUUCAGAACUUCCUGGCACAGUACUUCUCAGACAAGCGCUCCGUGAUCGAGCAGGAAGAGCUCAAACUGCACGAUUCGAGUUUUGUGACCUGCAACGACCUGACACACAGCGUCUCGUCCUAUCUGAAGCACAUUUGUCCCAAAUGGGCAAAGGUUCAGAAACAACACACAGAAAAAAGUUCAGUGGUCCUGCUGAUCGUCUGCAGUUCUGCCCUCCGCGCCAUUGAACUUAUAAGACAUCUGACAACAUUCAAGGGUGACGCCAAGGCUGUAAAGCUUUUUGCAAAACACAUAAAGAUUGAGGAGCAGGUGAAGCUGCUGCAGAAGGGAGUCGUUCACAUUGGAGUGGGCACACCUGCUAGGAUCGGCGCUCUUAUUAACAGAGAGGGAUUGAACUUGCAGGCGUUGCGAUUUCUGGUUCUAGACUGGAACUGGAGAGACCAGAAGUGCAGAAGGAUGAUGGACAUUCCUGAGAUCAAACUGGAUCUUUUGAAGCUGCUCGAGAGCGGGAUCCUGGACCGAUGCAAAGCGGAUCAAGUCAAAAUCGGACUGUUUUGACUCAAGUUUGUCAACUUGCCUCUGCGCUGAUGCUUACGGGUGCAAAGCUUCGUCCUGCGGCCUCCUGCUGUUUGUUUGCCGGCGCUCAGCUUUUUUUUUUUGCGAUUGUCAGAGGGUGCUUCGAAAUGCGCGAUGUUGUUUGUUCAAACACAAUGUCUUGGCAAGGCCUCUUCAAUAAAUAAUUGACUGUCAAAUGAAA